AUGGUCAAAACAACCCUUCCCACGGCCGCAUCCCUGUUGAUGCUGGCAACGACCGUCUUUGGAGCGUGCGAAAGUAUCAGCUACACCACCUGCGCCGACAGAAUCGUCCACUAUUACGAUCCGACAAACGGGGUAGUCUGCGAUCCGCUCGAUUGUGGCGGCGGCCGCGCUCCCGUGAAGUACGACGUCCCCUGCUGCGCUGCCUACAGGGGCACAGAGCCCUGCGUCUCAACAACCUCCACUCUCUCCUGCUGGUCACCUUCGACCGCCGCUGCUUCAUCGACAAUUGCGUCCGCUAGCUCUGCUGAAACCACAUCUGGCUCUGCCUCUGCCACUGCCACAGCUUAUACCAGUGUUCCAUCUUCUACCUCUACUGGGGCGGCCGCGGAGACCUCCUCGCACAGUACUUCCGGCUCCACCACUGCUCCUUCGACUACGGAGGCUCCAACUCAGUCGACGAACUCGGCGACUUCUAAAACCGGCUCGGCUAGCUCGAGUGGCUCUGCUCAGCCAGUCUCGACCAAUAUUGCGGCGGGCUAUGCUGGUCCAUUGAUGGCAGUUGCUGGAGCGGCGAUUGGUGCUGUUAUUCUUAUCUAG